UGCUCGGGACGGUAUGUAAUGACACCGCCACGGCGUGUGUAUGGGAAAGGUUUAUAACAAAAAAUUGGGCAUCGCCAAAUUUUUCGCUAUUCAAAAAUAGAGACUUCCAGCUUUCAUUUGCACGGUCCCUCAAAAAAAUCCACCGAGGGAUCUCGAACAACUUUUUCAGAAUACUGUUUUUCCCCAUACAAAAUGAACGGUUCCAAAUUAAUCCCUAUUUCUACUUAACAAACAUACCCAAUUUUUGUAUGAAAAAGUUCCCCCGAUGGAAUAUUUCGAUGUUGGGCUUGAAUGAAAGCUAGUAGCGUCAACUUUCACGUAACGUAAAAAUUAGCGAUGCCUAUUUUUUUGUAAUAAAUGUCUUAUACCAGACACACCGUGCCGCAUCAUUCAUUCAAAACCAAUUUGCCGAGUGACGUAAACAAAAGAAUGCUUCAUACCAGCAGUCAUUCUAGUUGUUAUCAUCGUUGAUACCAGUGCAUACCGAUGUUAUUGUUGUUAUUGUUGUGAAUUGCUAAUAAGUGUCUGUGAAAUGAGUUCAUUGAGUGAGUCGGAUUUGGAAUAUGUGUCUGAUUUGUAAGUAUAUUCUUGAAAAACAGUGGUGGACUUAUGAUCCAGUGACGAUUACAAAUAUUUUUUCUUGUUUAGUACGGCAUCAGAAACAGAAAAUGAUGAGGAUCAAGAGGAUGUCUCGACCGACGAAUCAGGCAGCUCUUGUUCAUUGAAUUCAGAAUUAGAACAAGGUAAAUAAUAUUUAUGUGUGCGUUUGAGGGUUAGAAUCUAGUCUGAGUGCUACUAAUCAAGAAACCGAUCCUACUAUUCAGCAAGAUGCAGAUGCUCCUUUUCUCACCCUACUCCAAACAAAGGAUUAAAGUUCUGUUUGGUUAGUUUUUUUUUGUUGGUUAUAAGAGCAUGAUAAUGAAAUUAAUGGAAUCAAUCAAUGCUGUGGCAGCUUUUUUUUUCCUAAUUGAAUGAAACCCUACCUAAAUUAUUUAUUAUCACAAACAACUAGAAGCGUUUUUUCAACUUCAGGUAGCAGCGACUUGGAGAGAGAAAUUGGUUCAAUUCCGACAGAUCCUGACGACCAAUUACAAAUCAGUUUCUCGGACUCCGUAGACGAUCCGUCUGGGGAGAAUUUUGAACCCAUCUCUGAAUUAAGUGAUGAAGAUUUCUCCUCUGACCACUCAGAAUACGUCCCUGGUGGAUCAGAUGCAGCUGAGUCAGAUUCAACAGAAAUGUCUGAGGUUAGCAUGCAUGAAGACACUGCUUUGAAUGUUGAUACAUCCUCAAUGGAUGUACUCGAUGGAACAUCUAGCAACGCCAUCGUCCCCUCGGAAACCAGCUUGGAAUGCAGCACAACUUCGGCGGAGACAAGUUCGCGUGCUGAGCCGUCGAAAGUGGAUGAACAAAGUACCUCGCUGGAUGGAAUGGAAUCUUUUGCUGAGGAGACAAAGCAUUCGCGGAAACGCAAAAGGUGUCCGGAAAAAUGGAAACGCAACAUCAUUAAGCAUCAACGAGCCUCUGGACAGGCUUAUGUAUCGAGCAGCAAACGGGAAAUUCCUGCUGCAGCAAUGAGAGAGCCUUGCAGGAAUUGUAGGUUCAAGUGUCAUGAGAAGAUAUCCGAAGGUGAACGUUUGGAGAUAUUCCAAGGCUACUACGGCUUAGCUGAUUACACCAGGCAACGCGAGUUUCUUGGUAGCCACACCAUACGGAAACCGAAGAAUACCUUGACUACUACUGCUAUCACAUCCAGAAGGAAGAAUUCCAUCACCUAUCACCUUCCCCAACGCGGUGAUAAAAUACGGGUAUGUAAGACCAUGUUCAUUAACACACUAGGCAUAAAUAAGGGGGUUGUGGAUAUCGCUAUGACUAAGCAAUCAUCACUGAACGUAAUUGAGGCUGAUCAACGUGGAAAACACGUUAAAUGUGGAUUGUCUGCAUCAUUGGUACAAAAGGUCAAACAACACAUACAAAGUUUUCCUGUUGUGCCGUCUCAUUACUGUCGAGAAAAAACUACUCGCAAAUACCUUGAUUCUUCACUGAACAUCACCAUGAUGUACCGGCUGUAUUGCGAGUUCUGCGAUAAUAGAGGGGAAGAGAAAGUUACUGUCAGCAUGUAUCGCAAAAUUUUCAACGAAAAUUUCAAUCUGGGCUUCCACAAUCCAAAAAAAGAUCAGUGUCGCGUUUGCAAUCACUACGACAACGCUGACACUGAAGUGAAGAACUCUCUGAAAGAUGAACACAUGCUUCACUUGGCUCGUAAGGAAAGGGUUAGAAGCGAGAAAGGUAAUGACAAGCUUCUAGCUGCACAAUCAAACGGAAAGCUUGUAUGUGCUUCGUUUGGUUUGCAACAAGUUCUGCAAGUACCAUACGACCCAAAGAACAACGCCCUCUUCUACAAGCGUAAGCUUUCGACGUAUAACUUCACGAUUUACGACAUGGUCAGCAAGCAGGGAAACUGUUUCAUGUGGAAUGAAACCGAAGGUGGUAGAGGCAGCUGUGAAAUCGCCAGCAGUAUUUAUGUCUUCUUGAAAUCGCUUCCUGUUGAAACAACGGAAGUUGUAUUCUACAGCGACCGAUGCGGAGGCCAAAAUUUGAAUAAGUUUGUGGCUGCAAUGUUCCUAUUGGCAGUUCAGGAGAUGGACCACAUUGAGAAAGUUGAUCACAAAUUUCUUGUGUCCGGUCACAGCGAAAUGGAAUGUGAUUCCAUGCAUUCAGCAAUCGGUACCGAGCUAAAGCGGGUUGGCCAAGCUUCAUGGCCGGAGGACUUAAAACAAAACAAAUUGGAUGCGUUUCACGAAAUCAGAUCCUUAUCAAAUGGCGUAUAAAACAUCAUUCGAAGAGGAUUUCCGUUACAUCGAUUUCAGCAAGCGAAACAAACGAGAGCUACUCAAACCGAUACGGCCACUGUACCGUUCUCCGAUACCAAUCUCGACUGCAAAGUACAACGAUCUUACAUCUCUCUUCACUCUGAAUCCACCAGCUCUGAAGGAUUGUUACAAGCAGUUCUAUUUCAAUCUUCCACACAACGAAAACAUUAGCGAUGAACGUGAUGCCGAUGAUGACAAUGAAGAUGAUUAAGGACUGUUCAUUUUAUAAAGAGGACAACUUUGCAAGGCUAUAAAAAGAAAACGCGUAGUUCAAAUUUGAGCAGCCUUGGUUAGUUGUUCAGUAUUUUAUAUUAGCAGAUAAUAACCAUAAAUAAAUUGGGUUAAAAUUAUUAAACUUCAUAGAAAUGUGGCAAAGUGUUUCGAGAAAUCAAUUUUUCAAUUCCCAAAAACUAAAGAUAAACACAAAAUUUCUGUAAAACAUCGGUGUAUCGUUUAUAAUUGCAUAAAAAUGUUUGCCAUGCUGCAGCAGUUUGAGUGAUACAUAUUCUGGCAAAAUAUAAACCUAAUCGGAAUAAUGGUUGUUGAGAUAUUAAAGUUACAA